AUGCAAAACUUUUUGAUAAUUAGCUGCAUUCUUACAGUGGUUGUAGCAGCACCACAAGGAUACGACUAUAAUGGACCAUCAUAUGCAAUUGGUUCAGCAACAAAUAUUCAACAACAAUAUUCAGUAGGUGGCUCAUUCGGUGGUGGUGUACAGUAUUCUGGUGGUAGCUCUGGUGUAGGUGGUAGCUCCCAUGUUUUCAAUUCCUUUAAUCCUGCUCCAGCUCUCCCUUCGGCAAGUAGUGUAGCAGCUAUACAUAGAGCACGUCCACAUUCUCAAAGACGUGUUCUACCACCAAUAAUAUCAAAACAUGUUUAUUUGCAUUCAGCCCCGGAAGAACCUGAUGAAGAAGUUUUCGAAGAUAAUUCUUCAGAACAACAACAUAAACAUUACAAUGUUGUGUUUAUUAAAGCACCACAUCAAUCUGUUAAAACAAUUGCAACACAAACUGCUCAAGCCCUCAAUGAAGAAAAAACAGCUAUUUAUGUAUUGAGCAAGAAAAAUGAUGUUUCUGAAAUUCGUCAAGCUAUUUCUAAUGUUCCACACCAUCCAGCUAAACCAGAAGUAUUCUUUGUCAAAUAUAGAACCCCACAAGAAGCACAACAUGCUCAACAAACAAUCCAAUCUCAGUAUGAAAGUCUCGGUGGUUCUACUCAUAUUUCGGAUGAAGGCUUUGCUCCUGUGUCAUCAGUUGUUGGUGCUUUUGAUGGUGGAAAUUCUGGUGGUUUCAGUAGUGGUGGUCAUGUAUCUGGUGGUGGAAAUGGAUUCGUAGUUUCCGGAGGUGAUAGUUUUGUAGGAUCAGGAAGCAAUGUUGCUGGUUCAGUUGCCGCAUCAUAUUUACCACCAAACAAAGCCUAA